AUGUAUGUUUUGAAUUCGACGGAAGAUUUUAUCUACUUCUUGGAGGGAAACACCAAUGCCACAACCAUCCGAGUACGGAAGGAAUCUGGAACCGAUGGUCAAGAUAUCGUCGCUAGCAAACCGGUAGUAAUUGCGUUCAACUACGAGUAUUAUGCGGAGAAAGUAUACUGCUCGUGGUUUCGGGAUGAUACACCAACCGAAGCGCUGUGUGGAAACUGUACACAGCGGUACAUGAUCCGGCAUGAGUGGAAGCGUGAUUCACUGACCAUCCUCCGUCCAUCCAUAUGGGAGAGUGGACGGUAUACGGUCGAGUGUCGUGUGGGCAAUGGGAUCAAACGGAACACCAGUCGGGACGUAUUCAUCGAAGGUGAUUGGGAGGUAACGUUGUCUCCGAAGCGUGUUGAAAUGGUAUCGUCGGAUCCCAUUGAGUUGGUUUGUCGUAGUCGUGGCGUUGAUAGCCCAACGUUUCAGCUUUACUUCAUCGAGUGUGACUAUCAAACUUGGGACAAGUGCAGAGACACUGGCGACAAGGAACAACUUGAAACGAUGAUCAGUUCUAUGCACCGUACAGCGUUCGAAGUGUACCAUGUGUUUGUGAUAACUCCCAAAGAGUUUGGUAUUGUGGUGUGUGAAGUUCUUUCAGAACACGGUACGCGAUUCGCCGAGACUAUACUGCAAAACUCGGAGAGUGAAGCGAAGGCGAUACUGAACAGCAAGAUUAUAACCAAGGUGCUUGCCAUUGCCACCGUCGGAGUACUAUUGUUUGUCGGCAUCGUUUGGGGCUAUCGAAAGUACACCGAGGGUAAAGUGAAACUACCCAAAGAUGGUGCUAAGAGUACGGACGGUGCGGGUGGCGAAAGCAUAAACUUCCUUCCGGGCGUGUACAAGAUAUCCCGACAGCAGGUGCAACUGUACGAACGGCUCGGGCAGGGUGAGUUUGGCGUUACCUGGAUGGGGAAAGUGUCCGGAAUAUCAGAAGAUCCAUCGCUCGAGACGGUGGUGGCCGUUAAGGAGCCCAAGGAGCGACCCAGUAAACAGAUGCUGAUCACGCUGCUAUCCGAGCUGAAAGUGCACGUCCACGUCGGUCAUCAUUUGAACGUGGUCAAUUUACUCGGUGCUGUAGUGGAGAAUUUGGGUGAAGGAGAGCUACUGCUGGUAAUGGAAUACUGUCGGUUUGGAAAUAUGAAACAUUUUCUGCAACAAAACAGACCGCAUUUCGAAAAUAAUGUCGACGACGGAUUGUUUGGCAGUGCUGCUCCAGAAUCUGGAGCUGCCGGGUAUCCGUUCAGCACAACCGACCUCCUGUACUGGGCGAGCCAGAUCGCCUGUGGAAUGGAGUAUCUCAGUACGAGCGGUAUCAUCCACGGUGAUCUGGCCGCACGCAAUGUGCUUCUCUGCGAGGGCAGUAUCGUGAAGAUCGGUGACUUUGGAAUGGCUCGAGUAAUCCGUCGCGAUGACGUCUACAGGAAAUCGGACAACGACGCACUGCUUCCAUUGGCCUGGAUGGCGGUGGAAAGCAUCCGGGAUCGCAUCUUCAGCACCCGCUCAGACGUUUGGGCGUACGGAGUGCUGCUGUGGGAGCUAUUCUCGCUCGGCACUGAACCGUACUCGACUGUCCUGGUGAACGAAAUGAUUCUUGGUUUGUUGACGCAGGGCUAUCGAAUGGAGAAACCCGCGUAUGCUCCGUCGGAGAUUUAUUCGCUUAUGAAGAGCUGCUGGGAGGAAGAUCCAUGUGCGAGGCCUACUUUCAAGGAGUUGUUCGAUGAAUUCAACAGCCGGCUGCCGAAUAGAUUGCGGAAGCAAUAUGCGCGACUAAACGAGCCGUACAUGCACAUGAGCGCUUUGGAGAAGGCGGGUUCACCGAAAACUCCACUUCGCGUUUACGUGAACGAAUCAGUCUGGUCACCACAAAACGGUUCCAAAGCUGAGCAAACUUCGGCUGUCGUUAUCACGAAACCUAAAAUGCCGCUUCCGACGGAACAAAUAGUGGAAGGAACCUCGCAUAUUACUGUAGUGGAUACCGAAAUGAAAGCUCAGCAAAGCUUAACAGAACAUAACAGUCAAGUCGAGCAAAUUAGCGAAGACACAUUCUAG